AUGGGUGCUUGUAGUUCAACUAAGAAUAGUUAGAACAAGGAUAAUACUAAAAAUACGUUUAAUUCAAUACUAGCAAACACAUAAGAAGCUCAAAAAACUCAAUAAGAAUUUUUUUGUAUGUAAAAUGAAUAAAGAAUUAAUUUAAACCAAACCGUCUAAAGAAAGUUUAAAAAAUCAGGGACGCUGAGUUACUUUGAAUACAAUCUUGAUAAAAUUUAAACUGAAGGACAAUCAAGUAGAGUUUACAAUAUAUAUGUAUUUAGAAAAUAAUAAAAAAAUGGCUUAGGGUACUCCUUAAUUAAAAAUCAAAGUAAUUGAGGGAAUAGCUUCAAAAGAAUACUCAGUUUAUAAGGGAAUGGUUAAGAUUGACAACAAUUCAAUGAAUCGAAUAAUGCAACAUAACAACCUUGGAAAAUUAGUUAUUAUGUAAUAAUUACCAUAUGAUUAAGAAGGAAAGGAUUAUAUUGAUUGGUUAUAGAAAACCAAUUUGGUAAUUAGUUAAUUAUGAUUUUAAAAGGAAUUUUACCAUAUAGGAAAGAUUUACGAAAUAUUUAUUUAGGGAAAGAAUUUCUAAAUAGUAAGUGAAUAUUGUACAGGAGGUCCAUUAUCAGAGAUUGUUAAAUCACAAAUUGUCUGAAUAGGUAGUAUGCAAUAUUCUUGAUUAAAUGUUUGAAAUCAUUAAUUUUCUGCAUUAAAAUAAUUUAACUCAUAAUUAACUAACAAUAGAUAGCUUUUCUUUUUAUUAUGAUUUGUAAAAUUAUUUGAUAAAGUUGACUGAUUUAAAAAGUAUAUUCAAACCUUCAAGAGAGGUUUAACUUGAAGUUAUUAAAUAUGCAUGUCCUGAAUCUUUUAGAUCUAAUCAUCCUAAUAAAUCUAAUGAUAUUUGGUCAUUAGGAAUUAUUGCUUAUUAAAUUAUUACAAGAAAUUUAAUUUAUGAAGGAGAUUCAACUUUAUCAACUGUUUAAGAAGUAAAAUAAGCAAUAUUAAAAUGGACAACUAAUCAAGAUAUAACAAAUGAAAUAUCUGAAGAAUUUUAAAAUCUAAUUUUUAAAAUGCUUCAUCCAGAUAAAAGUUAAAGAAUUACUGUUGAGGAAUGUAAAAAGCACAAAUUCAUUUAAAUUCAUAAAACUCACAAUCUUAAUUGUUUUUUCAAACAUAACUUUAUUUAUAGUUUAUCUGAUAAUUUAUUAAAAUGGUUUAUGACAUAUCUUAUAAAUAAUUAUGAAAAUUCUCAUUAUCAAGUAGGAAAUCGUAUAUUUGAUAUUUUAGAUUAAGAUAAAGAUGGAAAAUUAAAUGUUUAAGAAUUAGGAGACUUUUUAAGAAGACUUAAAUAAUCAUAAGGAUAAUAAAGAAAUAUAAAAAUCAUAUAGAAUUUAAUUGAUAAUUAAAUUGAAAUAGGAUUGUAAGAUUUCAUUUUGAUGAUAUCAAAUAAAUCUAUAUACAUAACACAUCAUAAUCUUGAUCAUAGUUUUAAAAAAUUAUCUAACAAAAAUUAAGAAAUUACAGUUAAAUCUUUAUAAAAAGUUUUAAACAUUUCAGAGGAAGAAUUAAUAAUAGAAUUUAUGAAGCAUGAAUUAUAUUAUGAGGUAAUAUUUAAUACUUUAAUAUAGAAUUAUUGUAUUCCAUUAUUAUAAAAAUAAUAUGAAACAAUAAUGAAUUAACUCGUGGUAGUUUAAAAUGAAAAUUGA